AUGUCGACCACUCCAACCGCAGUCCUAAAACCGUACUCGGCGUCCAUGAACUACCACCAGCCCGUGCCGGACCCGCUCGCGCACUUCAACGCGAUACCGUGGUGCGCGGCCCUCCUCUCGGACCCAAGCAACGUCAAGGUCGCCGUGCCGGACCGGCGCCCGCUGCCCAAUGGCGAGGCCAGCUUCGUCCACAAGGUCAUGACCAGUCCGACCACCGUCCGCGCCUGCGUGACCUUCAUCCGGAUGGUCAAGCCCCCUAAGUCGAAGUCCCCUCCUACCUCGGCUCCCCCUUCUCCGCACAGUAGCAGCAGCAGCAGCAAGGAUGCCUUGGAAGCGGGGGCGGCAAAAGAGGAAAAGCCCUCCGCGCCCCCGUUCGUGCUCAGCGGCGGCGGCAGGGAAAACGGCGAGGACCCGCGGAACCCGUUCCUGCUGCUGCACGCGCUCGCCGAGCUGGGCGUCGACUGCCAGAGCUUCCCGGGGAUCAUGCACGGCGGGCUAUACGGGGUAUUAUUAGACGAGGUGAUGGGGACGGCGGCGAACUCGCAGACCGCGAACGGAGCCUACACGGUACGCUUCACGACAAACUUCCGGCGCGCCGUCCGGACGCCGCAGAUCGUCCUGAUCAGGGGCCGCGUCGUGCGGAAGGAAGGGCGCAAGAUCCACGUCCGGGGCACGAUCGAGGAUAAGGACGGAAACGUAAUGGCCGAGGGUGAUGGCCUCUGGCUGGACCGGACUAUCGGCAGUAGCAAACUAUGA